GCUAUCAGGGGAAUCAGCUGGCUGCCUAAUCUACUACUGCAUCUCUACAUUCAAUAUCACCAACACAAUCAGCAACAGAAUUAAACAUGCCCUUUGAACUUCAACCAGCGACUCCCGCCGACGCUCCGGAAAUGACGGAUGUCUUCUUCAAAGCCUUCACCAACCCUUUCAUCAGAGCCGCGUUCCCCGAUACAGACAACAUGCGGAAAUGGUUUAUCCAGAUGUUCACCAAAUCAAUUGAACAAAUGGAGGCAGGAGAAUCGGAUGAGGUAUUUUUCAAAGUAGUCGAGGUCGACGAUCAACAGCGAAAUCAACAGCCUCGUAUAGCUGCGUUCAGCCAGUGGAAGCUCCCCGCUCAGACUGCUUCGGAGUCUUCCCGGAAAACGGACAAGAAGGAAUCCGAAUCCGUCUGGCCGGAAUUCUGUAACCAGGAGUUGUGCAGAAGGCUUUUCGGGAUUCUAGCAGCACGUCGGGAGAAGUUUAUGGGCGAUAGACCUUAUCUUUAUCUGGACACCCUUGUCACAGCCCCGGAAUACCAAGGCCGCGGAUGCGCGUCUCUCCUCCUAAAAUGGGGCAUCUCCCGAGCAGAUGAGCAAGGGGUUGAAUUGUAUCUCUCGGCAUCACCAGUUGGGCGGCCAAUAUACGAGAAAUAUGGUUUCAGGGUCCUCGACGCGGAGGAGAUCUAUCCACAGUAUACGGAGACAUACAUGCUUCGGCAAUCUAGUAGACGUUAGGCCUACGAGUAUCGUGUUUGAUAGAAUAUACAAUGUCUAUACACUCAAUCUUCAUACUGA